AUGCAGGCAGACCUUGCCAAGCUGGCCGACAAGAUGCUGCGUGCCCCCAGGUGCUGCCGGUGCCGGAACCAUGGCUUCCUGGUGCCCCUCAAGGGCCACGCGGGCAAGUGCCGCUGGAAGCAGUGCACCUGCGAGAAGUGCUACCUGAUCACCCAGCGCCAGAAGAUCAUGGCCGCGCAGCAGGUGCUCACGAACCAGGCCUCCGAGGAGGAGCAGGAGGUGGCCCUGUGCGUGCAGGGGCCCCAGCUGGCCUCCGGGGCCGCGGCCGCGGCCGCUGUCCUGGGCUCAAGCUUCCGCACGCUGCCUCUCCCUGCCGCUUCGGGAGUCGUGCACCCGGGCCCCGAGGGCCGCGCGGCCGCCUUCUUCCCCGAGAGACGCCCGCGGGGCCCGAGCCCCGGCCCGGGUGCCUUCCAGCCAGUUCUGGGCGGCCGCGGCCACGUGGGGCCGAGAGAACGAGCCGCCGCGGCCAUGCCCAGUUCUCUGAGGCCCCAGCUCGGGGCGGAGGCCGCAGGCCGGGGUUGCCCCGGACGCCUGGAGCUGCGCAGGCCGCUUCGGCCGGCGCUCAGCCCGCCGUUCGCCAACUUUGGGCCCCCUCUGAGCGUCAACUCAGAUCAUGUGGUGGGGUCUGAGUACCUGGAAAGAGAGCCUUCCAAGCGGUACCGCAGCUGCUCCAGCAUGCAGCCCUACCACCCGUUCCUGCUGGGCUACCAGGAUGCAUCCCUUACCCCAGGGGUCCCCCUGCAGCAGGACUUCCGGCACGUGUCCUGCAGCCACUACCAUGGAGCAGGCUUGGUGGUGGAGCCAGUGGAAGACCUCCAGCCCGGCUACUACCUGCCGCCGCCGCCGCCCCAGUUCCCCCCGCGGUACCUCUCCGUGCUCCACUGCCUGCCCCCGCCGCCGUCCUUCUCGCUGUCCAUCGUGUCUGACGUGGACACUGAUGACCAGUAUGCAGAGGGGCCGUGUGAGCCCAGCCAGCCUUCGUCCCAGGAGCAGUCCGACUAG